GCGAAAUUUCGCUCCCCAAAUUCAAAUUCCAAAAGGUCCCCCGCCCUAACGGGGUUGGGCGACCAUGCCUCCGCCUUACACCACCACACAACCACCGUCUCCGUCCAAACAGCCUCUAGACUCUCUUAUCUACUCACAUAAAUCCUGGUCGCCGGACCUACACCGAGACGAGGAAUGGAUCAGGCGGAAGGGCAAACACAACCACCACCAGAGGAGCAAGAGCGUCACAGAUGAGGAUAUCGAUGAGCUCAAGGCAUGUAUCGAGCUAGGUUUUGGCUUCGAACAUUCUCCUAAAUUGGAUGACCGCCUCUCCAAUACUUUACCGGCGUUAGGGUUCUACCACGCCGUCAACAAGCAAUACUUUGAUACGAUCUCCAAGUCUUCGUCAAUUUCGUCGUCGGUGUCUUCAUACUCUUACGCUGUCUCCGAGCCCGAUUUAUCUUCUCCGGCGAGCAGCCCCCACGCCAUAUUCGGCCGCGGUGAUAAUCCACAUACUGUGAAGACAAAAUUGAGACAAUGGGCACAAGUUGUUGCUUGUUCAGUGCGGCAAUCAUCGUCAUCAUCAUCAAGUUGACUACAAGAUCAAGUUCAAACACAAGAAUGAAUCAAAUCAAACUCAACCCCGGUUAGAUCACAAGUAACUCUAACCCAACAAACAAGUAGUCGAAAGAACUGAUCUAGAUUUGAUGAUAUCAGCAUCUCUAAUUGGGUUGAAUCCACGUAACAAGUACACGCUUUGUUGCUUUAAUAUUUGGUCAUUAACAUUAUGAUGAUAUGAAUUAGCUUUCGGUUGUUUUUAACUUUUAAUGUUUUUGUUUUACUUUUUUUUCUUGAGUGCAAUUUUUCUUUUUUUCAUGGGAUUUUUGGUGAUUUAUUGUCUCCCAGCUUUAUGUAAACGCGUUUGAUGAUUAUAUUUUUUGCUUUCCACAUGGAUUUGAUGCAUUUUUCUUCGCUUUGUCUCUGUCAAAACUUUACCAUUUCCGUUUGUUAACUCGAUUUGUUCAUGUAAUACUUUUUUGAAUCUUUUGUUGAAGUGAAUUUUCUAAAUUAAUUGCAAAAUCAAUCUAUAUAAAUCAGGAAGAAGAUGAUAUCACGACGCAAAAUCCAAGGCAUGAUUUCAGGCCAAUAAUUCGGUCAAUAUAUCUUCUUACCUAAAAUUACAAAUAUACUU